UUGCAAUUGCUAUAUUCAGAAGACGAGACUGUGCGUUUGUUGAUGGUAAACACUUUGCAACAACUAUCCACACACAUAUCAUCAUUUCAUCAGCCUGAGAUGUUGCAACGCUGGCUUCAUUACCUCCGUGAUCAAAAUAUGUCUGUAAGGCUCAGUUUUGCUUCUCAUGUAAAGUAUCUUGUGUUCAACCCUAAGUGGGUAGAAGAGAAGCAGUCUGAGUCAGAGGCUCUGUUGGAGGAACAUAUCCCACUCAGCCAGAAAGACAAAGUAGAGCUGACACAGUCCAUUCCAUUGCUUUCAUUUUGCACUGAGGAGAUAACAAAAGUAGUGUAUGAAAGUUUAGCCGCAGGAGACCAAGAACUCCAGCGAACCAUCAUUUUUACCGUGAGAUCACUUGGCAGUGUUCCUUUGGAUUGUGUCUUGCUACCAACUUUAACAAAUCUUCUGGUGUUUAUUGCACAUCCAUCCUCUUUGGUUCUCCCAAUUGCUAAAUUGAGUGUUGGUGAAAUUGCAGAGGCGCAUAAUGUCCGACCUUAUGACAUCUACGUACGCUUUAAGAAGGAAAUAUGUGGUUUGAUGAUGCAUUUUGUAGUACUUAAUCACCAUAUUGGAGGCCUAAGUUUUGGAACUUCAAUGCAAAGGGUUGUUCGAGCAUUGGGUUUUACAAGUUUUCGAGAAUUUCUUCAAAAGGACUCACACCAUAUAAUUCCAUACCUUGUUCCUGCAAUGGUGAAGAAUCCUGGAACAUCGCAACUGCUGAAUGAUGUUGGAAGGACUAUGAUGAUUGACCCCAAAACUCUAAUAGAGGAGACAUUCCAGCAUGUCUAUCCAUAUAUCUACCUGUAUGAAAAUGAGGAAUCUCUUGCCAUGUGCAUCAAAUAUAUGCAGAAUUUCACUGGUAUAAAAGUAAAGGAUCUAAAGAGACGCUCAUUUAAGGUCAUCCACAAUGAGUUGUUAUUGCAUUAUGAAUGCCAGAAGGAAAGAGUGCUUGGUGCAUUGCGUGAUUUGGCUAAAGAUGAUCCAGAUUAUGCAGUUACUGAUAAACCUAUGAGCUUAGAACAGAUUGCUGACUACCUGCAGCCCAGGUUUCUCGGUGUUCUGGUGUUCUUUGACAGUAAGCUGGUUACAAGGAAGGUUGCAGAGUCAGUGAAGAAAAAGGCUUUGUCAUCUUUGCCAGAAAUCAUUAGGCUAAUGGGACCUAAACAUAUCACUCCUGUGAGGUUCAAGGUUCUUGCUACACUUCGUACGGCCCUGAAGCUGAACUACAGCAACUUUCCAGACUUAAAUGUUGCAGCGUGGGAUGCCUUUGUUCACAG